AUGCGCACCUUUACCGACUCUCGUACCGGCACCGUUGCGGCCCUCGUUGCCCUGCUGAGCAGCCAGGCCCAGGCUGCUCCCCUGUCUGCGAGGCAACUCGACAUGGGACUCGACAUGGGCGUCAACCUGGCCCCUUCGCUCGACAAGAUCCUCACGCUGCCGGAUCUGGCUCUGCCGACACCCACGCUGCCUUCGCUGCCGCCGCUGCCCUCGCUGCCCCUGGACGCCAUCCCGGGAGCGAGCGAUGUGGCCAACCUGAUCCCCAACCUGCUCCCCACCCCGACGCCGGCACCCACGCCCGUGGUGGCCGCCACCUCGAGCGACGACCACCAGCUCCUCGACCCCUCGGACCCAGCAGCAAGUCUGACGAGCGUGAUGCAGAAGCUCAUGGCCGCCGCCCUCGCCGUGCUGCCCACCAACCUCGACUUCUUCCAUAACACCCCGCUCUCGCCCGCCCCCGCCCCCGCCCCCGCGGCCGGCGCUCCGGUCGUCGAGAACCUGACACCGACGCCCGCAUCGUCGUCCGGUCCGCCGCUGCCCGUUUCGCCUCCGUUUGAGGCGGCAAAGGUGUCGCCCGCCGAUGCCGUCCCUGCCCCUCCCGCCCUUCCGGGUCUGCCCACCGACAUCCCGCAGGCCAUGGACAUCGUCACGUCCAUCAUCGGCGGCGUCACUAGCGUCCUCACCCUGCCGAGCCUUCCCCUCCCCACCCCCACCGGCCUCGGUCUGCACCUGCCUCAGAUCAACAUCCCUGGCAUCAUGGGAGACCAGUCCACCGGCCCCUGUGUCAAGGACGACCGCGGCAACGAGGUCGGCUUCUGCACGCCCGGACAGCUCCUCCCCUCGGUCAAGGACCACGAGCAGCUCGGCGUCAAUGUCUGA